AGUACUAUAGUAGCAUAUCCCCCACUACCCUCAUGAUAAUAUUGUCAAGUUGUUUCUCGCAAGAGCUGCUCAUCUCCACUCUCGUGCUACUUGUCCCUAUGUACUUGUACUUCAAGUAUAGUAGUAGAUCGAAGAACCCAUCAGUGCUUCCCACAAACUGGCCAAUAAUGCAUAUGUUACCUUCCUUCCUAGCCAACGCCCGCAACUUGCAUGACUAUCUCACCAAGGUCCUUGCCCAAUCAGGCCACAACUUCAGGGCACAUGGCCCGGUUGGGACCGGGAUGCGGUUACUAAUCACCUGCGAUCCUGCGAAUGUCCGGCACAUCUUCACGACAAACUACACCAACUUCCCCAAGGGAGCAGAGUUUGCCGCCAUUUUUGACAUCAUGGCUGGCAGUCUCUUCACCAUCGAUGGUGCACCGUCUCUCCGUCCACGUGCAAAAAUCCAGAGCAUGCUUAGCAGCCCACUGUUGGUUUCCAGUAUGGCGACUUGCUGUCGUGACAAGGUGGAGAAUGGCCUUCUCCCAUUGUUUGCCCACCUAGCAAGCACCGACACUCCGUUUGACAUGCAAGAAGUGAUUUCAAGGUUUAUGUUUGACCUGGCUGCCACACCUCUCUUUGGCGUCGACCCUCGCCUCCUGUCCUUCUCCUCGGACAUGUUGAUGCCUCCCAUGGAUGCCGCGGUCGCCAUGGACACGGUCAUGGAGGUGGGAUUUAUCCGACACUUAAUUCCAGCCUCUUGCUGGAAGGUAAUGAGGUGCCUAAACAUCGGCCCCGAGAGAAAGCUUCGUGCAGCGCACAAGGUGCUAAGAAGAUUUGCUGCAGAGAUGAUCAAGGAGAGGAAUAAGAUCACUCUCAAUGGAGGAAGACGUGCAUUGAGUAAUGAUGAGGAACACGAGGAUAUUCUAUCUUCCUACAUCAAUGACCCAGACUACAUCAACACUGACUUGCUGCAUGCGGUGCUCCUCAGCUUCAUGCUUGCUGGUCGGGACACGGUUGGUACCACUCUACCAUGGGUCUUCUACAACCUCAUCCUAAACCCUGACAUUGUGUCAAUUAUUCGUAGUCAACUCUCACCCAUUGCAUCACGCAAAGCACCCAUGGGCCCGGGUGCUAUGAUGAUCUUUGAGACGGAGGAUACAAAACCUCUGGUCUAUCUCAGAGCUGCCUUGUACGAGACUCUUAGGUUGUAUCCAUCGGCACCUAUCGAGCGCAAGACAGUGGCUGCUGAUGAUAUCAUGCCGAGUGGCCGCGAGGUGCAGGCCAGGGACACCAUCCUUAUUUCUCUCUACUCCAUGGGGAGAAUGGAAGACCUGUGGGGUAGCGAUUGCCUUGAGUAUAACCCAAAUAGGUGGUUGUCGGAGGAUGGCAACACCCUGAGGUACGUCCCAUCUCACAAGUUCUUGGCCUUCAACUCGGGCUCGAGGAUCUGCCCAGGCAAGGAAAUUGCGGUUAUGCAUAUGAAGACUAUAGUCGCAACCGUGUUGUGGAACUUUGAUGUGGAGGUGGUGGCAGGGCAGAUCAUCCAGCCUAAGCCGUCUUGUAUUCUACAGAUGAAAAAUGGAUUUAUAGUAAAAUUGAAGAAGCGAGAAUUGUAACUUUAUGCUCUCCUUAUAUUUAAAUUACUUUAGGGUCAUUCGUGGUUCUUUCAAG